AUGUCAAAGCGUCAAGAUCUUCAAGGAAUCCGAGGAAUCGCCAUAAUUUCAGUUCUCCUCUUUCAUUUUUAUCCCAAAUACUUUCCAAAUGGUUAUCUCGGAGUUGAUCAAUUUUUUGUGCUCUCCGGAUUUCUUAUGUGCAUGUUGCUCACCAAAUCAUCUUCAAAAGAAACUUCAAACACCAAAUUCAUUGCGAAUUUCUAUUGGAGAAGGUUGAAACGUAUUCUACCCUUGUAUUUUCUGAUAAUUCUGAUCUCAUUAUUUUUUCUACACACAAAAUUGUUUCCGGAAACUGCUGUGGAACUGAAUAUUUCGUCGGCUUGGAGAGCAUUGUUUUUUGUUUCAAAUGAGCCAAAAAGUGCGGAGCAAGAUUAUUUUGAAAUGUUAUCGUUGGCUGUCGAUGUUUUUACACACACUUGGUCACUUUCUGUUGAGGUAAGAGCACGAAGUACAUAUUUAAAACAGAAAAAAAUUAUAUUUUAGGUCCAAUUCUACCUUAUCAUCCCAAUCCUAUUCAUCUUCGCCAAAAAUUUCUCAACAAAACAUCAAAUGUUCUACCUCCUAUUUUUCGGAAUCAACUCUUUCAUCUUCUACACAAUGUCUACGCCUACAAUCGCUUUCAAUAGUGUUUUUUCGAGAAUUUGGCAAUUUAUGUGUGGAAUGAUUGUUUAUUUGUUGAUAAUGCAGAAACAGAAAGAAGAGUUAAUUGUGGUUAGAAGUCAAAAAGCUAGCCAGAUUUUCACCGAUUUUUUGGACUACGUUUAUUUGGAUGUUGGCUAUUCAAUUUUGGCCAACCGAAUUGCCAGCCGGAUUUGUUAGGUAAAUUAAAAAAGAAAAGAAAAUCAAUAAUAAACGUGAACGUGUUUCGAAAACAAAUUGGAGUGUCAUUUCUAAUUUUUUGCCACUUGGGAUUUUGAAUUUCAAAAUUUUUGAAGUGAGUUUCAAAGGGCCCGUAAUUUUGCAAAGGCGAUACAAGAAAAAUAAGGACAUUCGGCGAAACUCAAAAUUAAAACCAAAUUUCAAUUGAAAUAAAAAACUCACCUUUCCUCCAGUUUUCCUCGUGAUUGAAAAUCAUUCGAUUAAACUCACUUCAUAAAUUGUUUCGAGAUUUCCAUCAUUUCGCUGACGUUUUUCCUCUAAAAUAGAAAUGCGUCAAAUUUAAAUAAGUACUUUAAACGAAAUAAAACUUCAAGAAAGCACAUUUUUUCAUAAAAUUACUUUUUGAGCACCAGUUUUAGUAUAAAACUAUCAAAAAUCAACGAAACUUGUGUUACUUGUACUAGGAAAACAGAUAAAUAUGAAUUUUACAACAAGUUUCAUUCAAAUUCAUGGAAAAUCAAAAAAAAAAAUACGCGAAUGAAAAAUUCACUUCGUUUCAGGGCGAACAAAUAGAGACAGAGAGAGCGUGUAGAGUGCGAAAGAAAAACCCGCGAAACUGAAAAUACCGCGAAAUUUAAUAAGGCUGGCAACCAGCCAACUGUUGGGUCCCGAAGCGAUGGUCCAUGAAUUUUCAUUUUCAAAAAAUUUUCGGGGUUUUUUAUGUCUGCGUCGCGUUCUCUCUAUUUGUUCGUAAAAGUGUUUGUGAAAUAUCCUCCCCUUAUAAAAAACGAAAUCACUGAAAAUUUGGCGUCACAUUAAAUGUUUCCAUCAAUAAUGUGCAAACACCGCUUCGUUUUUUGAAAAAUCAACGCGCGUUGCGAGACACGGGAGAAAAAUUGUGUGCGCCUUUGAUGCGGGGUACGGUAGAAGUAUUCGUGAAUUUUUAUUUAUUUUUUUCUUUUUUUGAGGGUUUGAGCGCUGCAAUUUUUGGAACAUCUAACACGCUUAUUGUAACUUCAGGGGAUUUUUUUCUUAAAACGGGAACCCCCCUCUAACUCUGACUUUGAGAAUAGAUCACAUCAAAAGUAUAACAGUUGGGAACCCUGAGAUGUCUCUCCAACUACACUUCACGAAGAGUAUACUAGUUUCCGAAAAACAAAAACAAGAAAAUAAAAGUAAAAAUGGAAGUGCGCCCCAUUGAUAAAAAUUGCAAGUCUCGCACUCUUUCAAAAUUUUGUGUGUUUCGUCGUUGCUGUUUUAUUAUCAGACUAAAGUUCCUUCUAAUUGUACCUUUUUUGCUUUUUUCAAAAAUCCAUAUUUCAGACCUCUGCUCACAUUUCAAACUGGAAUUCUAAUUCUCAUCAGUUGCACUGAAAAUCCAAUUCUCUCGAAUCCAAUUCUCACCUACAUUGGUGAUGUUUCAUAUUCUCUCUACCUUAUUCAUUGGCCAAUUUAUGCAUGCGCCAAAUUAUCGAUCUCGGGAAACUCUUAUGGUAUUUUCUUCAGGAUAUAAUAUAUCUAAAAAUGUUAAAAUAUUUUUUGCAGGUCUUUUCAUUUGCCUAUUGAUUUCUUUCGUUUUGGCAAUGAUUGUUUAUGAGAGUUAUGAACGAUGGUAUUUAGAUUUGGAAAGUGAAAAAGUUGCGAUUUUGAUUGGAAUACUGUUUUUGAGCAAUGUGGUUUUUGUGAACAAAGAUGCGAUUUUGAUUGGGGGACAAAGGAAUUUGGAUUCAUCGAUUGUUUGGAAAAAUAUGACUAUAGGUUGGUGGAUGUUUGAGUUUAAAGUCCGAGCGGAGCUAGCUUAAAUCGCAAGCUUCCUCGUAAGCGGCUUGAAUUUCAAGAUAAACCGAAGAAGUUAUAGUAAAUCACUAUUGUUCCAGAUGACGCUGAAAAGCUGAACAAAGAAUGGACCUACAAAGACACCUCAAAUCUACUUUCAAUAACUUGUAAAUACGAAUCAAAAUCGAAACCGUUUGGUUGGUGUGAACACGCUGGUUUAAAAUCCGAUGCGAAAUUCAAAUUCAUGAUUUUUGGAAAUAGUUGGACAGCAAAUCAUGCAACAAUGUUUUAUUCAGAAUGUGGACAUUUGGCCAGUCGAAUUGUGCAAAAUGGGGCAUACGGUUAGUCGAGUUUUGGGGGAGGAUGAGAAGGGGAGAAAUAUUGCUAGACGGUCAUCAGGCAGCUCACUUGAUUCUCAGUUUGUUUUGAUGGCCAAAAAUGCUCCAGGAAUUUUUGACGACUCUGGAAAAUAGAAGUUUCUAUUUUUCUUCAAACUUUUUAGAAAUUUUGGGGGCUAGAAAUCUGGAAAAUAAUUGUGAGAUUCUGAUAAAGCUUUACGAAAAUAACUUGAGAUAAAAAUUGACCCAAAAAAAUCAAUAACCUUGGUGCUAAAGUAUAAUAGAAGCCAUGGUUGACUUAAAGUCAAAGCAUCGCAAACAUAAGGUAAAAUGAGAAUUGUGAUUUGAGCCCAUUGUGCAGUUUGAUUUUCUGAAUUUAUUCCAAUCGCUUGAAGGAGCUGAAAUAAUUUUUAGUCACUUUUUUUCCUUCUGAAAUUUCCUUACUGUUAUAAUAUAUGCAAAAAGUUGUAUAACGAAAGCCCAAAAAGUAACAAAAAUCAAAUUUCGCUCCGAUGUCGAAAUUCGAUUUGUGAUACUUGAUAAUCUGCAAAAAGUCGCAAUAUUCAGACAAGCUGUAAUUGUUGUAUUUAUCAUCAUAUAUAUUAGAAGGGGCCGUAAACCAGUUAUUAUGCUCUAAAACAAUUGAAAGUUCAAAGAAACACGAAAGUUUUCUUUCUUACCGCUUGACUUUUUGGUGAAAAAUAAUCCAAACUUUCUGAAUAUUGAUAAUAAGUUUUGCUCAAAAUAAACGGCCAAGUUUGAUAAAAUGAAGCAAAAACAACAAAAAUCAGAAGAAAACCCCAAAUUUUUGACCAAUAUUUUUCACUUUGAGUUAUAAAGAAAACAGCGGUAAAUCGAUUUAUCGAAGUUAUUAAAAUCAUUGCAUACUGUACAUAUGCCAUUGUAUACUGUAGGUCAUAACUCAGAUUAAGGAGAUAAAUGUUUUCCGAUGUUUGAUUGUGAGAUUUGAAAAAUGAAGAGGGAAAACAAUCAAAGCAGGUGUUUUGGGGAAUACGAAGAAUUGGGAAAGAAUUGAAAAAUACAACCAUGUUCUGGAAUAUUUUACUUAAAUUAGGCUAAAUGUUAAGUUUAUUUUCUUUCCUGUUUAUCCAAACCAGAACUGAAACUCACAAAAAAAUAAUCAGCAAUAAACAUUUUGAAAUACGUUGAUCGAAAAUCUUUCCAAUCUUUGAUAAUCACAAAAAUCAAGCCAGUAUAAACUACGAAAGUCGUUCCUCCAUAUAAAACUGUUGUGAGAAUUCGGAAGGUGAACAUAGCUUUUUGAGAUCUAAAACGCUCAAAGUUUAGAUAAAGUUUCUGACUAACUAAGUAUAUAAUUUUUGAGAUUUCCCUGGAAACCUAUAAUUUUUAUCACGUUUUGAUGAACAAAAUUUAUAGAUUAUGACAAAAAUUAUUUUAAACGGCAAAGUUCGAGCAAACUAGACUUUCUUUCAGGAUGCGAACCAUUAUAUCUAUCAAAAGGACUAAAUUGUGCACCGAAUUUUAAAAAAAUCGAAGAAAAUUUGGAAAAACUUCGGCCUGAUUAUGCAUUUCAUAUUGCACGAUUUAUGAGUAUUGGUGAUGAAAAUGAAAAAGAAAAAGAGGAUAAAAUCUAUGAAACAAUGAAAAAACAAUUGGAUAUUUAUUUGAAAUAUAUCAAAUAUAAAUUGUAUAUUUUGGAUGCGAUUCCACGAAUCAAACAUGAUUAUGUGGCACAAAUUGUUCCGCUUUUGAAAAAUGGAACAAGUGUUGAUGAUGUUAAUGUGAGUUUUUGGGAAGGUAUUUUCAAAGUUUUAUUUGCAUUUUCAAUGUUACAAUUCACAGUUUCCCGAAACCCCAAUGUUUUUUUUUCAGAAAAUCCUGAUCGAAUAUCGUUAUUGGGAAUUGGCCCGUUCUCGAAUGCAGCGACUUUUCAAAGAAUGCGGCGAAAAAUGUGUUCGAAUCGAUUAUUUUGACGAUUUCUACGAUAAAAAGCGAAAAGAUUUUCGAUAUUUCGACGAAAAAGGCUUUUCCUAUUUCACCGCCAUCAAUCAUUUAUCACCAUAUGGAAUUGAGAAAAUACGACCGCAUUGGAGGGAAAUUUGCAAGAAAUUGGGUUAG